AUGCAGCCUCCAGAAGUAAUUAACCAAGUUUUCAACAACCUGCGACAAGACCCUGAAAACAACUACUGUUUUGACUGUGGCGCACCAAGUGCAGAUCAUGCUUCCACAAAUCAUGGAGUACUCAUAUGUGCCCAAUGUGCUGGAAUGCACAUAGUUCUUGGCCCAUCUAUCACCAACGUUAAAUCUUGGACUGCAGAACCGUGGACGAUUGGUCAAGCAUAGGUCGCAACCCUGCACCCCCACCCCCCUAAAAAAGUGGUACCCCACCCCCCCUAAAACAUGGUACCCCCACUCCCCCCACCCCCCCCCUAAAAAAAUGGCACCCCCCCACCCCCCUUUUCACAGAUGGCGCCCCCACCCCCCCUAAUAUAGCAUAAAUAUAUGACAAAUGCCAAUUUAGAGCAGACGUAAUAAAUAAAUUAUUAUUUUAAAUAUUCAAAAUUACUGAUUUAUACAAUAUUCACAUAGCGUAGCACAAUCGAUUAAGGUUGGGUGGAAUGAGGUGAGAAUUUCCUAUAACUACUAAGCACACUACAUAUGAAAAAAUUUGUUAGCAAGCAUAAUAAUGAUCUUUGGUAUUAAUUAGCAGUAUAUCCUGCAUAUAUUUAUGAACUUUGUGGAACAAUGGCUAAAAAUCGAAUUAGAGAUCCAAAAGUAAAACUGGCAAUAGCAAAUACUAUUUUUAUUAGCACUAUUGAAUCCUGUUACCAAAUUCAGUCCUGCAAUCCUUGUACAAUAGGCAUCAGAUUAGCUUUAAUUUAUGAAUCAAUAAAUUUAAUGCAACUUAUUGUAUUGUGCUUGGCUAAUUUAAUAAUUAAUGCCAUUAUCUAUAUCUUUGGAAUUAUAUUUAUAAAUAUAAAAAACAAAUUUAAUAUAUUUUCUAAUUAAUUGUUAAUUAAUUUAAAUUUAUUAAUUAAUCUUAAAUAUAAAGUAAUUUGUGGACUUAAUUUAGCAAUAUAGUGUUUUAAAUUGGGUUAUGUUUAAUUUAUUCUGCUUAUUUCCUAUCAAUUACUUCUAUAGGAUAAACCCGAGAGGGGGGGUGGGGUGCCAUCUGUGAAAGGUGGGUGGGGGUACCCUUUUUAGGGGGGUAGGGGGUUCCCUUAUUGGGGGGCGGGGUGUUUGGUUGCGACCUAUGCUUGACCAGACGAUUAAGCAGCUAAAACUUAUGGCAGCCGGUGGGAAUUCAGCAUUUCGGGAAUUUCUAACUCAAUACAACAUUACUAGAGAAACACCUAUUGCUUUUAAAUAUAGGACUAAGGCUGCAGCUUAUUAUAGAGGAAUGCUAGAUGUUGUGUCAGAAAAUGAGCCUUAUGACGUAGAUUUCCCUUCAGCAGAUAUAGGGAUCCAAUUAAUUGAUGAAAAUAAUCCAGCAUACCCGAAUUUAGCACCUGCAGGUCCUCAACAGUAUCCAGUUUUGCCUCACUCCCCCCUCCAUCAGCGAGCAAAAAAAUCUUGUUCGCUCACGGAGGGGGUUAAUUUUUUUUUUAAAAUUUAUAUAUAAACUUUAUAGAUUUUUUUUUCCCCAAAUUUAAAAAAAUCACACACUACGCAAAUAUUUGAAAGCAAAUAUUAAUUUAAUUUGUAAAAUUUAUGUUUUAAAAUGCAAUUUGUUUAAAAUUAAACAGAAUUAGCUCGAGAUUUCAUUAUACUAAUUAUCACUUAUAUAUCAAAAUUUUUUUUCAUAAAAAUUUUUGUUCGCUCACGGAGGGUGGGAUUUUGGGCAAAAAUAGGGAUUUUUCUAAUGAUUUAGUUCGCUCACGGAGGGGGGGAGUCAGCAAAAUCUUCAAUAUGCUCAGCCUAAUACAGGCAAUCAAUAUGCCCCGCUUCCUGAUGGGAAUUCUCAAAACAUCAAUGCACCUCCAGAGCCGCAGCCUACAGGCUGGAAGGCAUGGGCUAAAAGCGCCUAUCCUUAUUUAUAGAAAUUGAAAACAAUCAAAUAUUUAUUAUAAUAAUAAACAAUCCUUAAAAUUUUAUUAGAAAAUCAUUUUUUAAAAGAAAUUCAAGUAGAAAGUUAUACAAUAAAACAGUCGAGGCUGGGAAUAAAGCCGCUACUGCACUUAAUAGCUAUGCAGCUACUAACCCAACUCUUCAAAAAAUCAACGAACAAGGCACAGAAGCCAUCAAUAAAGUCUCAGAAGAGGUAAAAAAGUUAUCACAGCAUCCUCGUGCUCAAUAUGUGGCAAAUGUAGCUAAAACAACUGCAAAUCAGCUUGUAGAAGGUGCGACAAUAUCAUAUAACUAUUUCAAUACCAAUCCGACAGUGCAACAAGUAAAGCAGGAUACGAUGAAAUUUUUAGGAGAAGUGGGGAGGGAAACGAAAAACGCAUCAAGUGCUGCAAUGAAUUAUAUAAAGAAUAAGAGGAAUCAAGGACAGAGAAGUGAGCCAGAAUUGCAGCAGCCACUGCUUCAAAAUCCAAAUCCUAGUAGCUAA